GCUGCCCAAUGGAAAAAGGGAGCCGAGCUCACAGACCGGGACCUGGUUUACCUCCACGAAUGACAGCAUGGCGGGGGAGGGACAGCCUAUCACGUGCCCGGGGCGGAACGGGGCGGGGCGGGCCGCCGGCGGCGAGGUGAGCCGAGAGAGCGGUGCGCAGGCGCCCUGGAGACCCGGUAGCGGUGGCGGAGGCUGCGGCGGCAGCGGCGAAAGGAGCUGGAUCGCUGAACGGAGCGGGAGGCGGCGGCGGCGGCCAUGGCGGCAGACGGAGAGCGUUCCCCUUUGCUGUCCGAGCCCAUCGACGGCGGCGCCGGUGGCAACGGUUUAGUGGGGCCCGGCGGGAGUGGGGCUGGGCCCGGGGGAGGCCUGACCCCCUCCGCACCACCGUACGGAGCCGGUAAACAUGCCCCACCCCAGGCAUUUCCCCCGUUCCCUGAGGGGCAUCCAGCGGUGUUGCCUGGAGAAGACCCACCCCCUUACUCACCUUUGACUAGUCCGGACAGUGGGAGUGCUCCCAUGAUCACCUGCCGAGUCUGCCAGUCGCUCAUUAACGUGGAAGGCAAGAUGCAUCAGCAUGUGGUCAAGUGUGGUGUCUGCAAUGAAGCCACUCCAAUCAAGAAUGCACCCCCAGGAAAAAAGUAUGUCCGAUGCCCUUGUAACUGUCUCCUUAUCUGCAAAGUGACUUCCCAGCGGAUUGCCUGCCCUCGGCCCUACUGCAAAAGAAUCAUCAACCUAGGGCCUGUGCAUCCAGGACCUCUGAGUCCAGAACCACAGCCAAUGGGUGUCAGGGUCAUCUGUGGACAUUGCAAGAAUACUUUUCUGUGGACGGAGUUCACUGACCGAACCUUGGCACGUUGCCCUCACUGCAGGAAAGUGUCAUCUAUUGGGCGCAGGUAUCCACGGAAGAGAUGUGUCUGCUGUUUUUUGCUUGGCUUACUCUUGGCAGUCACUGCCACUGGCCUUGCUUUUGGGACAUGGAAGCACGCACGGCGAUACGGAGGUAUCUAUGCAGCCUGGGCAUUUGUCAUCCUGUUGGCUGUGCUGUGUUUGGGCCGGGCCCUGUACUGGGCCUGUAUGAAGGUCAGCCACCCUGUCCAGAACUUCUGAGCCCCAUGAUGAUCACAGACUGUGCCUGGCCCCUCCCUGGUGAGGGACAGUGACACUACAAAGGGAGCUGGGGUAAAAGGCUCCCAGGUCUUCUAUAAGGAAGCCAAGCAGCUGCCUUCCUUUUUCCUGGGAGAGGUAGGAAGGAACCAGGCCCUCACGCUUGGAGGGGUAGAUAAGACUGCUGCUGGCUGUCUUGUUUUCCUCCUGGGGUUGCUGUGUUUAGGGUGUAGUAGGUGAAACAUUGCCCCUGAACUUGGGUCCUAUAGAUGGUUCUUCCUAUGUGCUCCCUGUGAAGCAUUCCUGUCCCUUACACAUUCCAGGGCAGGGUGGGGGUGGGUAGCCUUGGGGGGGUUCCCCUCCCUCUUGUGCACCUUUAAGACCUUGCUGCUGCUAUUGCACUUCACCAGGGGCUGGCUCGGGCCUCAGUACCCUCAUACUCUUCUCCCCACAUUCCGUGUCCUGUGGGGGUGGGGUCAGCUGCUGCUCUAUACAGAACCACAGGAACUGAUGUGUAUAUAACUAUUUAAUGUGGGGUAUGUUCCCCAGUCCUCUAUUUCCCUUAAGUCCUCCUCCCAAGCUUCCUGACCUCCCAGUUGCAAUACUGAACUGGGUUGGGUAGGGUUGCUGUCUUCGAGGAGGUUAGGGAUUCAUCCUGUGCUUGUAAAUAAAUAAGGUCAUGACUCUA